AUUGCCACAUGAUACCAUUUGUAUUUCUUCAGGAAAAAGAAAAGCCGAAGUCGCAGUCACAGUCGAGAAAGGAAAAGAAGCAGAAGCAAAGAGCGCAGGCGCAGCAAAGAGCGAGACAGGCGGAGAAGCAGGAGCAGGGAGAGAAAGAGCAGCAAGAGUAGAGAACAUCGUCGUAGCCGAAGCAAGGACCGCCGGAGAGUAGAAAGAGGCCGCUAUAGGAGCCCAUUUUCUGGUCCAAAAUUCAGCAGUGGUAGCAGCAGCAGAGGGAAGAUUGGCAUGCAACCCGGUAUCAAAAUAAGUCGAAGGCGCUCCCGAAGCAGAAGCCCACAUAAAAAGGAUAAAAGUCCAAUAAGGGAGCCAAUCGAUAAUAUUUCUCCUGAAGAAAGAGAUGCCCGAACUGUGUUCUGUAUGCAACUUGCAGCACGAAUUCGACCGAGAGAUUUGGAAGAAUUCUUUUCAUCUGUGGGAAAGGUUCGAGACGUCAGAAUGAUAUCAGAUAGGAACUCAAGGCGUUCAAAAGGAAUUGCUUAUGUGGAAUUUGUUGAUGUGAGCUCUGUUCCACUCGCCAUAGGCUUAACUGGGCAGAAGCUGCUUGGUGUGCCAAUUAUUGUUCAGGCUUCACAGGCUGAGAAGAACCGAGCAGCAGCUCUUGCUAACAACCUACAGAAAGGCACAGCUGGACCAAUGAGGCUAUAUGUAGGAUCGUUGCACUUCAAUAUUACUGAAGAAAUGUUGAGAGGAAUUUUUGAGCCCUUUGGGAGAAUUGAAAACAUCCAACUGAUGAUGGAUAGUGAAACCGGGCGGUCAAAAGGUUAUGGAUUCAUAACAUUUUCUGAUGCUGAGUGUGCAAAGAAGGCUUUGGAACAGUUGAAUGGCUUUGAGCUUGCUGGUAGACCAAUGAAGGUUGGUCAUGUUACAGAGCGAUCAGAUUCAUCCAAUGCAAGCUCGUUCUUGGACAGCGAUGAACUGGAGAGGACUGGCAUUGACCUUGGAACGACAGGACGCCUACAGUUGAUGGCUAGGCUUGCAGAAGGAACAGGGUUGCAAAUUCCCCCAGCAGCACAGCAAGCAUUGCAGAUGAGUGGCAAUAUUUCAUUGGGUGCCAUGGCAGCAGUAACGGACUUGCAAGCAAGAAUUAUCCAACAGACUGAAGCACUGAAUCCUCCUGUGACUGUAAAUACCCCACCAAUAGCGACGCAGUGUUUUCAGCUCUCCAACAUGUUUAACCCACAGUCGGAAGAUGAUCCAGCCUGGGACCAAGAAAUUCGUGAUGAUGUGAUUGAAGAAUGUAACAAACAUGGAGGUGUAAUUCACAUAUUUGUGGACAAAAAUUCGCCCCAGGGAAAUGUCUAUGUGAAAUGUCCGACUAUUGCUGCUGCAGCUGCUGCUGUUGGUGCCUUGCAUGGAAGGUGGUUUGCUGGAAAAAUGAUCACGGCUGCAUAUGUGCCACUUCCAACUUACCACAAUCUCUUCCCAGAUUCAUUGACAACUACCCAGCUGUUGACUCCAGCAAGACGAUAGGAGCUGCAAGGAAACUGCAUUACUGCACUCACUUCUAAUUUGGAGGAAUGUGGACAAUUAUAUAGUGGUCACCUGUACAGAUGAUACACGUGAAAAGUACUGGGGAAUUCUCGCACAGCCCCGAAUGAACUUAUGAUAAAUGUUUUUUUUUCUAUCUUGCCAAGCCCCAGUGGAAGGAAAUAAAAUGGCAGAAGUAGAUUUACACAAACACCCUCAGGCUGUUUUAUUUUAAUUUUGGUGCAGUAUACUAUAUUUUGAUGACACAGUAGCAUUGACGAUCUGAUCAGCAAAAAGCCUGCAAGUAUUGAAAAAGUUGUAUUUGGGGUUUUGAAGUUAUUUUUGUGGUUUCUGAAAUAAGACUACUGCAGUCAGGUAGACUCCAUAGAAAUAGCACUGCACUCGUACAAAUUUUAGUUACAUGUUUAGUUAAUUAAUUUUGAUGCUCUUCUGAUCAAACGUAGCAGAUGAGCCUUUUUAUAAAUAAUUAUCAGUUUAAUAAAAACUUGUCUGGAAAAUACUAUUGUAUCUAAGUGCGGUAUUGGAAAAGGUAGCCUAAUACAUAGAUUGCAGCUCUUGUGAAUUAAAGAUCACACUGUUAAUUCUCAGCACUGAUCAUUCACUGCAUUUUCUCUGCUAACUAUGUGGAAUCCCAGUUGAUUCAAUAAGAUGAGAGUUAGUGGCUGUACUGAAGCAAUCUAUGGGGCAAGUUAUAAGGAGUGUUGAGGUGAGUUUACAUACAAUUGGGGAAAAGGGGGCCAGUUCGGAUUCUUCAACUUAACUGGAAAAAGGGCCCUGUCUUUUGCUACAAAAUUGUUUUUUUUUGGUGAUUCAUAUUGCCAACUAUUCUAGGUUGAUGUAUUGAGAGCCCAGAGUUCAAACAUGAAAGAGUUUACACUGAUAUCCAGAGGUUUGGAUUCCUACCAGUUGGAAUAUAUACAGAGGGUAUAUACAGAUUUUAAUUUGUGCAACAAGUGCACAUGGGAAAAUUUCAGCCAGUUUCCAUUCCAUGUUCAGAAUUGAUAAUUGGAGUGGUUUUCUUUCUAUACCAGAGUCAGUCUCGGCCUGUUUAAUAUUAGAAACAUCACUACACCUAGUUCUAGAAGGUGUUAAAUCUAGAUCUGGCUAGCAUUCUUAUGACCAAAGUUCUGGGUUUUAAUUAUAUAAAAGGUAAAUUGUAAUGAAACUGCAUUCUAAAUAGCCUUUGUGUACAGUUGAUCUCUAGGCAACAGUUAAAGAUUAAAAUUAUUGUAUAUACAGUUUGCCUUAUUUGGUCCAUUCUCAGUGGUGACCUUCACACCCCUAAUGAGCUUCUUAUGUAAAUACAGUUAUAAAAGUGAUGUGCUAUCCUUGUGCUUCCAUAGGAUCGAGGCCAGACAAACUUAAUCUUACCUUAAAACCAUCAUAAACCUUCAGUUGAAGAUGAUUUGAUGGGGGAGGGCCUGUUUUGAGGGGUGGUGGAGGAGAAAUAGAAAUUAAACAAUACACCUCAGUAAGUAAUUAAAUACUACAGCAUUGCUAAAACAUGAAGAAAGUUCCAAACAAAACAACAAACCUCAUCAGUCAGACUUCUCUGGCAAGAAGUAUUACUAUCGACAUUUUGUUACUAAUGAACGAAAUCGAGGUGUACAGUUCAUAUUGAGAGAAUAUUGUCAGUUCACAGGUUAAGUGCAUGGACAAGCUUACGUUGUAGUUGGAACUGUUUUUCCCUCAUUGCACAUUUUUUUUUAAACUUGUCAAAUAAGAUGAGAGCCAAAUAUAAUCAUUUUCAGUGUAUCUUUGGAUACUAAUUACAGGUAAGCGUGGUCUUUCUGUAAUUUAGCUGUGUUUAGAAUAAAACUUAAGGCCAGUUAAAGGAAAUUGUUUCUCACUGCCUUUAUAUUGUAGAAGGUCUUCAGCAGGAAAAAGCAUUGGAAAAAUUCGUUAAUAAAGUUUUCCUUGUAAAUGCACAAUCAAGAAAUUAAGCUGAAAAGGGUAAUAGUAAUUUUGUCUGGCCCUUCGUGCUGUCUUUUGCUUUUCUUUUAAGCUCUAUGAGCUCUGGAGUGUAAACAUUACCUGAUUUCUUUUUCCCUACUCUAGUGUGAUUUAAAAGCAGCCUGGUAUUUCUAUUCCAAAGUAAGGAUUUUGUAAUUGGUAUAAAUUUUGUAUAAAAAUGCAAAAUCAGUCAAUAAAUAAGAGAAAAAACUCUUGGGGGACAAUUUGAA